UCCAGCAUAUGCGUAGUUCUAGGGUUUAAGGAGAGGACUGCGCGCGCGCCCUGCGUCUCGGCGUCGCAAUGCUCUUCUUCUCGUAUUUCAAGGAGCUCGUCGGGAAGGAGGUCACGGUGGAGCUCAAGAAUGACCUCGCCAUCACUGGAGUGCUUCAUUCGGUGGAUCAGUACCUCAACAUCAAGCUAGAGAACAUCAAAGUCGUGGACGAGAUCAAGUACCCCCAUAUGAUGUCCGUGAAGAACUGCUUCAUAAGAGGCUCGGUCGUGAGAUACGUACAAUUACCAGUCGAUGGUGUCGACGUCGAGAUUCUUCACGACGCAACUCGUAGAGAAGCUCGUGGGAAUUGAGACAAACCUGUGGUGGUCCAUCACUUUGCUUCAAUCCAAAACUCUUUCUUGUCGGAA